AAUUCUAGAAAAAUACAAUGGUUCAUAACAAAAGGGUGCUUCUUUGUGAGGCACAUCAAAGCAUUAUUAUUAUUACUACUGUAUUAUUAUGCUAAAGUAGUAUCUAUGGAAGUGUUUCUUUAAUGUUUUUCUGUAUAGAAAGGCACACUAUAUACUCUAUACUAAGAUGGAAAUUUGACUGAUGUUAGAUAUGAACCAUAUCUAACUGUUUCGACUUACAAAUUCGACUUAAAGGGAGACUUAGCAAAUGAACUUGUUCAUAAUUCAGUGACUGAGUGUACAUAAUAUGGUGUGAUUGCCUGUAUAUGAUACGGCAUGGUGCAAAGUCCAAGUCACAUGACAUCCUAUUACACAGAAUGUGUCCUGGAUAAUAACAAUGCAUGACUGUAUUUCUUCUAAUAAUCUGUCUGCCGCUUUCUCUCUCUCCUUCCUUCUAGAACUUCUAUUUGCUUACGUUAGUACAUUUAGGCUUUGUUCAUUUUAUUUAAUUAUUAUCUGCCUGUUAGACUAGAUGAUCUCAAUUGACCUGUUUUCUUGUUCACUGAUUCCUUCUCCUUCCUGCUCAAAUCUGUUGAAAGCUUUUAGUUUUUAUUCCAAUUAUUGUACACUUAUGCCUUUGAAUUUCUUUUCAUUCCUUUUUUAUAAUUUACAUCUCUAUAUUGAUAUUUACUAUUUAUUAGUGUGACAUAAUUUUCUAGUUUACUCUGUGUGUUGAUGUUUUCAAUUUACAAAAAGAUGGUUUCAUUUUCUCUACCUUCAAGAUUAAAAAAUAUAAAGGUUAGAGGGGAAAUUUAUGUCAAACUCUGGAGCUAGAAAUAUAGAUCGACCUUAUAUAAAUAUGUAUAUUCAGUAAUAUCUCCUGAAAGUUAGUGAUUAUUUUUAUACUUUUUCAUCUGUAGGUUUCCUGAGUGACCUGAUGAACAAACACAAUCUAACGGUGCUGAAUGAGUUUAUUCUAAUGGGAAUCACAGAUCGCCCUGAGCUGCAGGCUCCGCUAUUUGGAUUCUUCCUCAUUGUUUACGUGGUCUCAGUGAUGGGUAACCUGGGCUUGAUCAUCCUCACCAUGAUAGACUCUAGGCUACAUACACCCAUGUACUUUUUCCUCAGACAUUUGGCUUUCACUGAUCUUGGUUAUUCAACAGCUGUUGGACCCAAAAUGCUAACAAAUUUUAUUGUAGGUCAACAUACAAUUUCUUAUAAUUGGUGUGCUUCACAGCUAGCUUUCUUUUGUAUAUUUAUAGUUAGUGAAAUUUUCAUUCUUUCAACAAUGGCCUAUGACUGCUAUGUGGCCAUCUGUAACCCUCUGCUUUACACGGUCAUCAUGUCAUCAAGAGUAUGCCAGAUGCUGGUGGUCAUACCUUACGUCUACAGUGUCUUUUUGUCUCUUCUGAUGACCAUAAAAAUUUUUAUUUCAUCAUUUUGUGGCUAUAAUGUCAUAAGGCAUUUCUACUGUGAUAGUCUGCCCUUGAUAUCUUUGAUCUGUUCAAACACAUAUGAUAUUAAAUUGAUAAUACUGGCUUUUUCAGGAUUCAAUUUAGUUUUAUCCCUUCUGACAAUCCUUGUGUCUUACAUGAUGAUCCUUGUGGCCAUCCUCAAGAUGAACUCUGCAGAGGGUAGGCUCAAGGCUUUCUCUACCUGUGGAUCUCAUUUGACAGUGGUAGUUGUAUUCUAUGGAACUCUAUUCUUUAUGUAUGUGAAUCCCAAAUCCAGCCAUUCCUUUGAUACCGAUAAAAUGGCCUCUGUAUUUUACACUAUGGUGAUACCUAUGCUAAACCCCACAAUUUACAGUUUGAGGAACAAAGAGGUAAAAAAUGCUGUAGGUAGAACCUGGAAAGUGUGUUCAAAUAUUUUACUUAAAAUUAACUGUAGGUUAUAAAAAAAAAUAAAUAAAUUAUAUAAUAGGCAAUAUAUACUACAUCAGACCUUCUUUUUGCCUUGUACUGUUUUUGUCUCCAUGGCAAGUCAAAAAUCAAUUAGUGAUAAGUAUAGAAAUACAAAAUUUUCCUUAUUUUACAGCUAGAUUUUAUUACUUAGAGAUCUCUAACUCCUGCUUAUACUUCAGAUAUCAACUUAUAUUUGGUUUUAAGUUUAGAUUGUGUACAUCCCUACAUGCUUGGUCACAUGUUUCUUUCACUGAACAUGUAUCUUUAGGAUGCCAGGGACUCUCUAUAUUCUGUUCACUCUUUAAUCUGUUGUACUUAGCACAGUAAAAGGCCCCAUGAGAAAAAGAUGACUGGUGAAUGUUAUGUUAAUAGGCUCGUUAUAUUUAAUAAAGAAAUAUUUAAAUCGAACAUUUAAUAUCUCUGACUUCAUAAGGCCCA